GUUGGUGACAUUUUCCAGUCGGCGGAAACUGAGGAGAUAGACUUUUAAUAUAAUUUCAGACGGAAUAUUAAGGUAUUAGUCUACCAACAAAAAGAGUCGGAGUAACAAUGUCAGCACCAUCCAGACCAGCCCCUCCUCCCCCCAAGAGGAUAGGGCAAGUUCAGGCAUAUGAAGCAGUUUCCAGUUAUAAAGCACAGAAGGGCAAUGAACUGUCCUUCGAUGAGGGGGACCUCUUGUUCAUCCUGGACCAGUCUGACCCAAAUUGGUGGAUGGCAAGACUGGAUGAUAAGAAGGGAUAUAUACCAAGCAACUAUGUGAGCAAGGAGAAUGUGAAGAUACCCAUCAUUGAUGCAGCAAGGCGUGGCAAUCUGGCCCUGCUACAGGAGUGCCUGGAUGCAGGGAUGUCAGUCAACUCAUUGGACAAAAGCGGCUCCUCUUCACUCCAUGCAGCAGCUCAGGGAGGUCACAUUGAGUGCAUUCUCAGGCUACUGAAGGAACCCAAGUUGGAGAUAAACUGGCAGAAUAAGCUCGGUGAUACUCCUUUACACUGUGCUGCCUAUAGAGGACAUGCAGAUAUUGUGCAAUUAUUGCUCAACAGUGGGGCACGCACUGAUAUUAUGAAUAGGGAGAAGAAGACCCCACGUAUGCUGGCCAAGAGUGGAACGGUUAUCACAAUGCUAGAAGAGUGCACACAGACUAGCAGUCGUAAAUCAUCAGGUUUUGACCACCAGGAGUACGGUGCAAAUGAUUCCGAGGAUUCUGACAGCUGAAGGUGUAGGUGGAUGGAGGACUGGGGUGGAUUUAGUGUAAUAUCAGAAUGGUACGAUUUUUUUUUUUUUUUUUUUUUUUUUUUUUUUUUCCAUUUUUACUUUUUUUUUAUAUAUAUAUAAUACAAUGGUCAUUUCUUGUAAAAAGCAAAAGACUUUUUUUCCAUGAUUUAUUAACAUAUAAACUUGUUUAUGGAUUUUAUUGUAGAGAAAAUUUCAACAAAGGCCUCUGAAACUUUUGAAAAGUGUCACCAUAAUCUGAUACUAAAAAACUUGUGCCUUUCAACUUAUAAGGGGCUUUCAUAUGAACAAAGUGCCAAUUCAUUUUAUAAUAUUUAGUAAAGUCAUAUAUUUUGAUGUUAAAAAAGAAUGUAGCUAAAGAAACAUGAGAUUAGCAAAAUAGCAAUUUAGAUUUAAUAGUCAGAAUAACAGCAAAGGCCAUGGAUAUAUAGACCAUCUUAUACACUGGACAAAAUAAGGGUUUGAUUUGUUAUGUAUAUCAUCUAUAGCACUACAAAGGAACAGGGAGAUAUAUCACAGUUUUAUAGAUACUGUGAUAAUUAGAAGUUCAGAGUUUUGAAGUUGAUGGCAGAGAGUAUUAUUAAGAAUAAGAAAAUACAGAAAACAGAGGCCUUUUAGAUCAGCUGUUGAACAUAGCUUAAUAUUGCUUAAUAAUGAGUUUUAUCUUACAUUAUGCCAGUGUAGUUCCUAGUUUUAUGUGCAUUUCUGACAUGAGCAGGGCUGACAUUUCCAGAAACAAGUGUAGAGGAAUUUAGUUGGAAAUAUUAUAUUUGUGAUAUUACAGUCUUUACUGAAAAGUUUGGAGUAAAUUGAGGAAAAAAAACAGGUAGGCAUUUAAUAACAAACUUGCCUCUAGUGCUUUUUAUUAUGUUUGUUGGAAAAUGCCAUUACCAUAUUCCCAUUUUGCUGUAAGAAAAAAAAAAGGCAUUUCAUAAUAUACAUGAAAUAAAGGAUAUGGAGUAAAGACUUGUCAGACAGCCAAUGAAGGUGAGGAUUAUUUUGCAUUCACAUAAAAGCAUUCAAAAGAAGUGUACAGCAAUAUGUGAAUGGAAUUUAUUGGAAAAUGUUAACAAGGAAUGUCCAUAGAAAGAGGAGUGUGUCAUUCAUUUCACAGAGGGCCAUACAUGUGUGCUGGGGUAUUUCAGUAGUUAGUGAUAUUUUAGAAAGUAAGAUAUUUACCUCCUCUGGCAUUAGAAACUUUUUUUUUUUUCUUUCAAGAAAUGUCAAUUUUAUCAAAUUACAUGUAGGGGUCCCAGCACAGCAUUUGGUGCAAAGUUUCAGGGUAAGGAAAGAUUUUUAUUCUUUUUACUAAAAUUACUCCGUAGAAUUGCCAUAUUUAUAUGUUUGUUAGAUGACUGUUAAUAAUAUAGAAAUUUACAGUUUUUUUGUUAAAAGAUUAGUUUGAUAUGAUAAAGUUUAUACAAUAUGUACAUAAUAGACAUGACAUUUUAAAAUAACAAAAUCAGUCAUAAAUACAGCUCAUCUAUAUAACACUUACACAGUCACCUAUAUUCUUUGAGCAUAGCAGUAUAAGAUACCCUUAUUUACAUUUCCUUUUACUCUUUCUCUUACCUUCCUGGUAUUCUGAAGUAAUACUAAUAUGUCAAUAUCCCCACAUCACUUCAAAUCCCCAGUUAGUCACUCACAGUCCUGAUUGUGGCCUGGAAUAACAUUACUCAUACAUUCCAAACACUAUUUCCAUCCCUGUACAGCUUUUGUAUAAAGUUCAUGCCUCCUUUCUGAUAUUUAAACAGUGGCGAAGCAAAGGUUCUUUUGUCAAAAUUAGGGACUUAUUCUAUCAUCUUGGAAGUUCAGAUUACACUGUUCAACUUGAAAGAACAUGAACUUGACUCUGCCAGCAAAUUGUGCUGGAUUGUAAUCCUGUUUAUGGUCUAAGACUUUAGACCUUCAGCAUGUAAUCAGUAUUACUUGAUAUUGUAAGGAAUACGUGAUCAGCAUCAUACAUAUAUCAGUUGAGGCAAGCAAAGUAAUGAUCACCAAAGCCAAACUGAACACUGCUCCAGCAUACAUCUUCGUUGUCUCUGCUGUGGUUUCAUAUAAAUAAUGUUCCUAUGCUCAUCAUGACUUUUCUUCAGCAUAAAAGUGGACUUUGGAAAACUUAUACAUACUUUUGACCAUCAUCAUCUCUGAGUUCCCUCAGACAUUUGAGUGUAUGACCCAAAUGGCAGCCUUUGCUUUUGUUGAUUUUGAUAAAUUUGGUAAUUUUGGAGAGAAGAAUAAACAGUCUAUUUCCAGUUGAAAACACAAUAUUCCCAGGUCAACAUACUCAUACACAUGUACACACAUGCAUAUUCACACAUAUGCACUUGCACCCCCCCCCCCACACACACACACACAAAAUAUGUGGUAGCCAAUAAAAACAGGAAGACCUUAUGAUAUAGAUUUGUCUGUAAUAGAAUUGAUAAGAAAGGUAAAUGUGAUGAGCAUAGUUCCAUUAUAGGCUCUAGAGUGUUUUCCUAUUCUUUUAAAAGGCUCAAGUUGAGGUGAAGAAGUGUUUAGAAAAGGGGUUGGGGAGGGCUAGACCAGGUGUUGUGCUGUUGUGGCGUGAUUGUUACAAAGGGAAGGUAAAGUCUGGGUGGUCAGUGGAUAAUUCUGCACAGGGCUUGCAUGAUGAUAGGGCUUCCACUUUCAUGUUAUUUUGAGUAAUCAUUAAUGUUGAUUUCAAGUUAAGGAAAUACAAAAACUUGAUCUAUCAUGGUUAUGCAUCCUGUAAACUGUAUAAUGCAUGAGGUACCCUUGAGCCAGGAUAAAGCUUUCUAACACAUUGGCAUUUAUUUGAGUCAAGGAUUUUAAAAUUCACGGGUCCUUUAGUGAGGUGGUCUCUUUUUCUAAGUUGGAAUUGCAUGUGGAAGAUACAGACAGUAUGAACUUCACUGGUUGACAGAGUACUGCCUGCUUAGCUGUAAUGUGGUGUUUGUUACUUAAAAAGAAAGUUUUAUUUGUAAGAUUAUAUAUUAAAAACAUAUAUAUUUGAGAAUAUUAUAUAGUAUUGGAAGUAAGUCAUUGGUAUAUUUAUAUAUUUUCUUUUUUCUUUUUUGAGAAGUUGCUAGUCUGCUGUCUUUUAAAGGAACAGAAAAGUUUGUUUUUAUAAGAUAGUUUAAUUAAGGUAUUCAGAUAUGAAAAUGAAAUAUUUUUAAAAAAUUAAUUGAAAGUUUUAAAACAGAAGGGAAAGAUGUCUAUUUUUUCCCCUUUAAAAUACAGUGAGUUGUGUGUAUUGCAAAAUCUAUUCUCUAGAAGAAAGAUGUUGGAGAGGACAUUCAGACAUAUUUCUUUCUAUCUUUACUUAUAUGCAUUUUUGAUAUUAUUUGGUAUAAAUAAACUUGUGUAAAAAGGGAUCUUAGAAGGAACGAUAUAGGUAUAGGCAUUGUGUCUAUCAAUGGUGCCACUGCCUGAGGCAAGUCAGUAGUGGCACAUGCCAAAGCAAAACUCCUUUCCAGUGUGUGGGUGUUUAAGUGUGUGUGUGUGUGAGUGUUUGGAGAGGAUUAGCCACAAGAACCAUGCCAUUUUCCUAUGCAUCACUCUAGUCUGUUUCUUGAGCUCUGGCAUAAAAUUAGGUCAGUGAAGCUUCGUAACAUCCAAAAAAAUUUCAACAAGCAUUUUAUUUAUAUUUUUUAAUAGGAAACAUGUAUCCAGAGCAAGUAAUAGAGUAAAUGUUCCCAAACCAACAGUUAUUUGUUCCAGUCUAUGAAAUGGAUUAUAAUUGUUAAUAUGUUUGUCCAUAUAAUAUGUUGAAAACGUUACCACAGGAUAGACAGUUAUUCAAGGUCUAUACUGUUCACUGCCUACUCUCUAGUUAGAUUGGUAACUGGGCGUCUCUUUGCCACUUACCAGUGACCUUGGCUGUUAAUGUAGCAGUUAAUUUUAGGUAAUCAUUCUUUCUGCCUGCAUAGUAGAUACUUGUUAUUUUUCAAAUUUCAAAGUUUUAACUUUUAGAUGCCAAGGAGAACUGUGCCUUAUAGGAGUGUGUUCAUAAUGAUGUUCAGAGAUUGGAUAAAUCUGUUUGUGUAUCAUCAGAGUGCUUGAAAUUUAUCUGCUUUUUCUAGAUUCAUUAUUAACUCCUGAAAGACAGAAUAGUAUGAGCAUAGAUUGAGAAAAAAAUAGGCUAAACAUGUUGUAAUACAGAAGCAGAAAAUUGAAGUAAAAAAAAAAUCCUUCAGUGUACCACACAUUUGAGUUUGACUAUGCUCAGAACAGAAGAAAGCAAGACACAAAAAUCAGUAUUUUUACCACCUUGCUCCCUAGAUAGUGAUCAUACAAAAUAUGUAAGUUGCCAUAUUAAGUCUUCCAGGAGUUAAUUCCAGUUUAUGCAAUAUGCUUUCUUUCUAUCUUUCUUUCUUUAUUGUAAUAUUUUCUGUGAAUUUUUUGCACUUUCAGGAGGUUGUGAUUUUAUGUGCAUUAUGCUGAUCCAACAGAUAUUUUUUAAAUUGUAGGAAACACAGAAAAUGUUCACUAAACCUGCAGAAUUUAUAUGUGUAUCAUUAGUGGAUUUGUUGAAGAUGUGUAUUAAUGUGAAAUAUACAUCAGAAACAUUUUGUGCCUUAUGUAAAGGUGUUGCUAGGCUGUAGCAUGUCAUUGAAAGUGCCUCCUCUGUUUAUGAUUAGUGUUGAAGUGGGUGAGUACAGAAAAUAAGAAAAAUGUAAUUUUCACAGACAUUGAAAAACUUGGUUCUUUGUAUGCAUUCCAUAUUUUAUAUACUAUAUCAAUAUAAAACAAUUUUUGUAGUUUAAUAGUCAAAGAUUGAGAGUUUUUCUACAACAGUUAACAUUAAUGCAAUUAAAUUCUUUAGCAAAUGAAUUAUUAAACUGUUUGAAAGUUGUAUUCUUUGAAGAGUGUUUAGAAAAUUGUUUGUAAAUUGAAUAUGGUUCUUCAACUGUUGUGCUUGGCUAUUCAUUAUUUAAACCAAAGAAAAAAGUAAGUCAAGUUUUGUGAAAUGCAUGAAGGUGAAACCAUUUCUAUGCAUCUCUUAAUUAUGUAUUUUUAUAGUCUGGAAUAAAAUAUAAAGUACAA